AGGACAGAAUGUCUACAAUCCCUCAGCUUCUCCAACAUUGACGCGCGCCGUCAGGAUAUUUUCCUGGCCCACCCUAACACUGGCGAUUGGAUUUUUGAGACCACAGAAUUUCGACAAUGGCGCGACCGCACUGAUUUAUCAAAACACAAUGGAGUGCUUUGGAUCAAAGGCCAUCCUGGAACCGGAAAGUCGACGCUGAUGAAACAUAUCUGGAGAUACUGCCAGCGGGAAUUUGAGGACCAUAUCGUUGCUUCCUACUUCUUCCACGCUCGAGGUGACUCACUAGAGAAGACACCUCUCGGCAUGCUACGUUCCCUCGUUUGUCAACUUCUCGAUAACGAUGAACAAUCGUAUCAACGCUUCCUUUCUCUCUUCCGCGGAAAGAAACGAAUCCACCAGAUAUGGGAAUGGCGAGAGGCAGAACUCAAGGAAUUCCUUCAUUCCGAAAUGCAGGUUCGACAAUGGCCGCCACUCGUCAUUCUUAUCGAUGCAUUAGACGAAUGCAAUGAAUCACAGGCCCAGAACGUGGUGGACUUCCUCGAAGCUUUGAGCAUCAGUGAAGUGAAUGUCAGAAUUUGCUUAUCGAGUCGCCAUUAUCCAAACAUCAGCAUGGAGAUAUUCCAAGAGCUGGUUGUAGAAAAAAAGGCCGGACAUAAUACCGACAUUACUAAGUACGUCUAUGAUAAGCUGGCUAUGGCGGAUUCACGCAUUGCACGCAUUGAGGAGGAGGUACUCAAUAAGGCAUCAGGUAUCUUUAUGUGGGUUGUGCUCGUCGUCGCCAUGCUGAAAAAGGCACAUGCCAAUGGCAAGGUCGAAGCGAUGAAGCAGAAGUUGCGCGAGGUGCCCAGUAACCUUGACGAGCUGUUUUCGAACAUCCUGAGCAAGGAAAAUCCGGAUAAGCAUGAGACGAUCUUAAUGCUUCAGUGGGUUUUGUUUGCAGUACGAACCCUAGAGCCGGAAGAGGUGUACUAUGCCACGCUGGCCGGCACCGGUGUCACAAACCUAGGACCUUGGGAUCAGUCACAGCUGACAGCUGACGACAUCCAGCGGUGCAUAACCUACUCGUCGAAAGGGCUCAUCGAGGUGCCUAAAGCCGAGAGUACGGUUCAAUUUAUCCACGAAUCUGUCAAAGAUUUCCUCCUACGAAAUCAGCGACUUCAGAGUCUGGACCCAACGCUUGGGUCGAAUCCCAUCGGUCAAUCCCAUGAUCGGUUGAAAACUUGCUGUUUGUCAUUCAUCGAAACCAACGCUUCGAUUCUGGAUGACAUCUGGAUGGAUGGUGACUGCAUCGAGAGGUAUGAGUUUCAUCUCAAAUACCCCUUUUUGAAGUACGCAUCUUUGCAUUGGCUCGAUCACGCUGAGGCAGCA